UUUCAGAGCUCUCACUAGACGUGGAUGCUGACAGAGAUGGUGUUGUGGAGAGAAAGAACCCAAAUAAGGCUUCCUGGAAAUGGGGUCCUGAUGGGCAUGGAGCUGUCGUUUUGGUAAACUGUGACAGAGAAAGUUAUUACCACGAAAAACCAGACUGUCAAACCAAAGGCCACAAACCAAAUCAGACAGCUCUUAAGGACUGUGCAACCAUGGUUCUGCGCACCAGCGGCCCGCCCAACCUCUCCGGGGGUUACAAACUUACCUUGCAUAUCUCUCAGGGAGAUUCAGAGUGUAUUCGAGUCUACCGAGAUGAGACCGAGGACGAGGCACGGAUUACUAAGGCCAAAAUGCCAAUAUUUAUUAGAAAAUGUGUAAAUGAAUUUCCACUGGUCCUGAGCAGCGAGGUGCUGUCUCAGGAAGUGCCAUACCCUGGACCCGAUCAAGAACUCAUAUUUUAUGUGGAGGGCCUGAGGUUUCCUGACAAGGAUUUUGAUGGACUCGUAACCAUUAACCUCAGCUUAGUGAGGACGUCCCGUAAGGUAAGACCUUCCAAACAGCACAUCUAAUUUUAUACUAAGCUAUUUAUUAUAACCACUUU